AUGAAGACGUCUCAGAUCCUCGCCGCCUUCUGCUUCGCCGCCCUGUCCAUGGCUCAGAGCGAAAGCCUGGCGCCCUCCCCCACCGAAUCUUGGGGCUGCGAACCGCAUGGUGAUCAUUGGCACUGCGAGGGUGCUCGCUCGACCGUCACGAUAAAAAGUACCUCCAUAUCCACCAGCAGGUCCCUAUUUAUUCCCAGUGCCAGCGGCACCGUCACGAAAGACCACGACCACGACCACGAUGACGAUGACGAUGACCACUCCUCGGGCACAGGCAGCUACACUCUGGCCCCCUCUCCCACCGAGUCUUUUGGCUGCGAGGCACACAAUGACCACUGGCACUGCGAGGGCCCGGUCACCGCCGCCAGCAGAUCGGCCACCACCACCAUCGAGGCGACCCUUACCCCUUCGGCUACCACCGACGGCGCCGCCACCACCGCCACCGGCGAGGGCGCUGAUGCUACCGCGACUGCGCUCCCGGCCGGUGCGGCUCGCGCUGGCUUCGGCGCUGCCGCAGUCGCCGCCGCCGUCGCUUUCAUAGCUUUCUGA